UGAAGACCUUCAUCUUGCAUGGGCAUGGUGCUACUAACCCAUAGGCUGCUUGGUCCAGAAGGUCGUAUCUUGAGAGAACCUUUGUGGUGAACAAUGCAUGUUUCCAGUGUAGUAGUAAUCUGUUGUUCCUAUGAUACCAAUAAACUCUCUUCCCUCACCUCCUCCUCUUACCUGAGACUAUAGGCAACCCCACAGCUCCCUAAACAGAAGAGAGCACUGUAGUAAAGAGAAGGUAUUUCUUUCAUAGGUGAGUGCUGGGACAGUACUGCAUUGCAUCCACAUCCUCUGGUUUGAUUGUUCAGAUACGCCAUGGUAUCUGCUAUGUUGAUUUUGGACCUACAUGACUUAGUUUUGCCCAUGUUGUUAUUAUUCCCUCAAUACAUCCCUUGCCCAGCAGUUUCCUGGGUACUGCUCUAAGAUAUAUUAGCUUCUUUGGUCUUCCCUCCUUAUCUUCCAUUUUUCUUGUCAUCUGCUGUGAUUAAGCCAUGGGAGGUGUUGUCUUCCUGUGCUGAUGCAUCUUCCCUGCUGCUCUACUGGUCCCUCACAGGCCCUCCACAAGGGGCGAUCCUCUGCUGCCAACUCCACUGCCCUGAUGAGCUGACUGCCCCACACUGUCCUACAAGGGCUGCUUGCAUGAUGAUCAUGUUGAUGCAAAUGUGUACUGGGCAGAAGCAUUUCUGAUGGUCUCAACACAAACUUCUGCAGCUUCAUCUCACAGCUAUUUUGACUUCAGAAACUACACUGUGCUAACUGAGCCCACGCUGCUUAAGGGAGAAACUCGCUUGUUUUUCUGGGGCCCUUUAUAUCUCAGUUCUGUGUGCUCUUUGUUUCCGUUUGUAUUGAUGGCCCCAGAACUGCUGAAGGAGCUGUUUCUGUUAUUGGAACACACUCUGGCUGUACAUCUGAUAGAAGUGGUGGUUUGCUGUCAUGUUCGGCUGGAAGUUAUCUUUGUUUACCCUAGGAGGCAGACUUCACGAACAAGUGUGCGGCACAAGGGUAUUAAAGUAAGGGAAGUUGUUCCCUUUGAAGCAAGCUGUAACAAUUAAACUUUUGGUCAGUGAGUUGUCACUGUGUUUGUGGAGGGGUUUGAGGUGGGGGGUUUUCAGUGCCUCUUAUGAGCAAACUGCAAAUGUCCCUGAUCUAGCAUUCUAAUUUGGAAGUUUUUUUUCCCCCAGGAAUGAUAGGGUCAAAAAGCAGGUACUGGGAGAAGCACCACAAUCUGUUCUGACACCAAUUUGGAAAUGUCCAUCUACAUUUCUGCAUGGCCCUUGUCUCCCUGUCUCUUGGCCCCAGAAGCUGAUAUUGACACUGUUAUUCAGCCUGGUCUUUGACUGCUUCUCUCUGUUCUCUGGCACUAGACUCAUGUACAGGACUGACUUGAUGCCUUCUGGCUGUAACACUGCCAUUGCAUCAUUGCAGCUGGGCAUGGGAAAAUCUGUUCCUUAUAGGAACUCUAGGACCAGGACAAGGAAGCACUGCAAUGCUUGUUUGCCUUUGCUUCCAGAGCUGCCCUUUGAGCACAGUGCAGCAAUUGGCUGUGGAAGAAGUACAGGAUAGGGCAGCUCAGGGGUGCUGCAGGGCUCUGAGCACAGCUGGGCACAGGUCUUGGGUGGAAGCAGUUUUGCCCCACAUUCAGACAGCACUAGGAAAUUACUUUAAGUCUCUUAGAAAGCUCUUUUGUUGGCCUGUUUAUAUAAAAGUUGCAAGCAGAUACUUUUCUAUUCGGCAAAUUACUUGGCCUUUUAAAUGUUAACCCUUUAGGAGAAAUUCCUGUUUCUCCAUGACUAAUGAGAAAUUACAUAUAUAGUUACUUUAACUCAAUCUGAUAAUCGGAGUAGUUUUUCAUUGGUUCUUGAGAUUAUCUUUAAAAUCAGGCGCAGUAAGCUCUGCUUUAUUAUGCCACUGCUGCUACUGCCUGAUCAUCAAACCACACUAUCAAGGGACAGAAGCAGUGUGAAAAGCGACAUUUCUUUUGAGCCGAUACUAUCUGGAAUGGGAGGAGUUGUGUGGCAGUUGGGCCUCCAGCUGUGCAUUGCUGCUGCACUGGUCUUUGGUGGAGGAAGAAGGAGAGAGCUCUCUGGCAGCCUGAGCUGCCUGAAUAACUACGUGACUACUGUGAGCUGCAUGUGGGUAACGGAGAAGCCCGUGGGUGAUGGACCUUUCCACCUGCAUUUCACCAACCUCUGGUCAAAGGGCCACAACGCCAGCUGCAAACUGACUGCCACAGAGAGCACACAGAAUCAGUACCACUGCACAAUUCAUUUAGCCAACCAGAUCUUGGAAACAGAUGGUUAUAGAGUCUCUCUCCAAGGAAACUUUUUUGGACAUAAUCACACAUACAUGACCUUUCCAGAGUACAGUCCCCGCAAACACAUAAAACUUGAUCCACCUUUGAACAUCCAGAGCAACACCACUGCCAGCAAGUGCCAGAUAUGGUGGAGUGUAUGGAAUGUGCCUUGGUACCUCGCUGAAAUUCUCCAAUAUGAGUUGCAGUAUAAGGAGUACAGCAUGUCCUGGGAGGUUGCAUUGAACAAGACACUACCCAGUUCACUGCCACAGGUUGAAAUUGAAGCCACAGAGCUCCGCAGUGGCAUUGCUUAUGCUGCAAGAGUUCGCUGCAAAGUUUCUGAAAAUGAGAAUUCAUACCACAGUCAGUGGAGUGAGUGGAGCCAGACAACACUGUUUCAAAGAGCAGAUGUCCCAAAAUUCUCUGAAAAGAUUCUAAAUACCAAAACUAUGCAGUUCUUAUUAAUUCCUCUGAGUUUUGGCACUCUACUGUAUUUAUUCUGGAACUGCAAGAUUUCCUCAAGGGCAAAAAGCCUCACCUGCUUUAGCAUUCCCACGCCAGCUGCUUUCUUUCAGCCACUCUAUAGUUUGCACAAUGGGAAUUUUAAGGAGUGGGUUGGACCAAACGAGGCUUGUAGCCAACUUGAAAGAGAAGAGGCCAGCAAUUCAAGCAAAGUGAAUGCAGAUAGAAUUUCUGAUCCAAACACCCAAGAACUGAUUUCCCAAAUCUCAUUGAAACCUACAGAAAGCACAGUUCUGGUUACUGCAGAAGAGAACUUUGAAUUUACCUUGGGUCCAAGCCAGCAGUAUGUCCCCAGCAGGUACAUAAGAGCAGAAGAGAUUGAGUUGAGGCCAGGACUAUUGUUUGCACCAAGCCAUGAUGAUGAUACCAUUGGCCUGAAAAUCUCUGAAAUAAUUAAAGACAACCUUGAGAGCCCUAGUGUUGGAAAGAAUUAUCCCUCUCACUCACAGCAUGGAAAGGAUGACUUUCUCAUGCUUCAAGAAUCCUUGGGGAUAGCAGAUGUGUCCUUCAGUGGUAGUGACUAUUGUACUUUGUGUGACAAUGAUACCACAGGAGGUUUGAUUCCUGCUGAACUACUGAAGCUUUCUAAUGGCAAUAGUCGUGUUAAACACCAGAAAGAUCAGUGACCUUCCGUGAGGAAUACUGCCUAUGAAGUUCCUUGUGCUCUCAGAUCACCUCCCAACACUGUCCUUCCAAGCAGCUUAAAUGGUGACUGUGCAAACAGUUUCUAACAUGUAUGAUUUAAAAAUAAAUCCUCAAUUUGUGUACUUCAGAAGAAGAUUGUGACUAAGUCCUCUGUCUAGCAAAUACUCCCACUAAAGGCAUGGCAAAGCCUGACUCCAGCACCAUUUGCGGUCCCAGAGACACACGACUAUGCUCUUCCCUACAUUAACCUCCUGGCUGCAAGAUCCAGUAACCCUCUUGUCUAAGGAGGAAGCAGCAGACCUGCUGUUUUCCUCAGGAAGAGCUAUUGGAAUUGUGUGCCUCUUGGAAGCAGAAAUAUUUGCAAUGUGAUGAGCCAUGAUUGAAACUCCAUCAUUUUGUAAAAACUAUGCAUGAUUUUUCAUAAAAUAAUGAGAAACUAUUUUUGCUUAAGAAGGAAAUUCUGCUUCUUAAUAUGAUAUUGAUGAAUUAAAAGAGUUCCUGAUUUGAUCAGAAUUUGUAAUUGCUCUAUUUAAAGAUAAUCAGACAGUAGGCCGUGUUCUUUAUUAUCUUGAAUGGUUGUAACUUUUUAUUUUGUAAUAAGUAAGCCUCAUGUACUGCUUUAAC